AUUACUAAUAUAGUAUUAUUAAAGUUAUAACGUGUCAAAUUUGCCGUCUUUGUCCUAUAUAUAGGAUGCCCUGGCCGCGCAGAAUGCAAAUGUGAAGGAAUAAAAGCUUUCAAAAUUCGCAGUCGAGAAUAUCUGGGAAACAUAUUUCGACUUGAAGGUAAUUAUAUAUAGCUUAAAAUCAGAAUCAUUAUAUUCAGUCACGUUUUUAUUGCAAAUAUAAAUACCAUUUGUUUCAUUAUGGAGUAAAGAGUGUUGGACUGAAUAGGGUCGCUAAAAUCUUUGGCUGAUUAACUGUAUUAUUAUACUAGAAAAUACAUACAUGCAGAAACCCUCGCCUUGCUGACAAAACCACUCUAUUUUCCGAACAUGAAGUAUCGAAAGUAGUUGUCAUGGUAAACGAUAAUUUUUUAAGAAUAUUCUUACAAAUGAAAAAUCGCCUAAAAAUAUCACUUUUAAUCAUAGGCAGCACAAAAAUGCGUGUUGAAAUUUUCACCCUCGCGCGUGGCGCUCGGGCAUGCAUCGAGUCCACUCAGUUUAUUAUUAUGACUAAUAAUAAUAAUAAUAAUAAUAAUAAUAAUAAUAAUAAUAAUAAUAAUAAUAAUAAUAAUAAUAAUAAUAAUAAUAAUAAUAAUAAACUGAGUAGACUCGAUGCAUGCCCGAGCGCCACGCGCGAGGGUAAAAAUUUCAACACGCAUUUUUGGGCUGCCUAUGCUUUUAAUUACAAAAUUAUCAAUUUCCCAACAUAUAUGUUAGGUAUGUUAUUAUACGUAAUAUAAACCUCAAUUUAAGGUAAAAAACAUUUGACGCUGAUAACAACUAGUAACGUGUCUCAUCCUUAUACUAAUUACAAUACUAUAUAAUUAUGCCCGCUGCCGAUCAGUGGGGAUAGAUUCGGUUCCAGGUUAUGGUGGGACUGGAUUAUCUUAGCCCCCAUAACCAGGCGAGGAAUCAUGGAUACUUCCUCAACCAAUGGAACCUCUUCCAUCCCCAUUGAUGACAAGUCAACCUGUCUGCACAGGGAAGAGUUCUCUACUUACUAACCAAGUUGCUCCCCAAAGGUCCCCAAACCUGACCCGCACAAUUCGCAUACACCGAAUAACCCCUACCAACCCGGAAGCAGUUCCAGAGCACUAUAACCAAAGUGGGAAGUGUAGGGGAAGACCUGAAAAAGCUCGUGCAGCCAACAGAAGCGAGAAGACAUUUUUUUGAGGGAAAGGGUGGGUGGGAAAAACGUUGAAAGCAACUGAAAGGCUGGCUUCUAGUUCACUAGCUAUUUAAUACGCUGGGUUACCGGGAAUCUGCCCCGGACAAAUCGCCGACACAACAAUCGAUCAACGGAGCGAAUCCGCCCAUACUGUUAACUUGCUUUUAUGUUAUAAAACCCAUUUAACAUUUGACGCUGAUAACAACUAGUAACGUGUCUCAUUCUUAUACUAAUUACAAUACUAUAUAAUUAUGCCCGCUGCCGAUCGGUGGGGAUAGAUUCGGUUCCAGGUUAUGGUGCGACUGGAUUAUCUUAGCCCCCAUAACCAGGCGAGAAAUCAUGGAUACUUCCUCAACCAAUGGAACCUCUUCCAAUUAUAUUCUCCUACGACGGUAAGGGGUUGGAGUAAGGUUACCAUUGGUACCUCUUCCAAAAUAAAAAUCUCCAACCGCUUACAAGUUCGCCACAGCGUUCGCGAGAGUGUCCGGUUAAGUGCGGAUAGAUUGGAGAUAAGCAGCGUUGGACCAGCGUCCGAAAGCCUAAAUUAGGCGAUCCGACAGUCCCUGGUAGUGCUGCUCCGGAAAAAUAACCGGAGACGCCUGCACCCGAGAGGAGAUCGCGGAGGUAGACGUUCACCUGAGGUGCUGUUAAGGGAGAGCUAUCUGACCAGAGAAGAUGCGGCCCUGGAGAUGAACCGCGGAGAGGUGUGUAGGCAAGGUGGCAACAGGACAAGCAGCGCGAGAGGUCCUUGCCAGGUAGAGAUAACAUCCUUGCCCGAAGGGGUCUGUUUUCGACUGCUUAGUUCAUAUGUGCAGUUUGCGACGGAGGAUGACAGCAGAAACUGGAUAUUAGCUAAAAUUAAAUCGCGGUUGGGAUUGAAGCUAAGGGAACGGAUGACGAGAACUCGCGAACACGCAAAAAAACAUAGAAAGCAAGCCAGCAGGCAGACCAAAACCCCAAGGUGUCAUACGACAAGCCAGAUGAAUGGAGGGACGAAAACGAUAGCGAGAAGAUAGGGUGUUGUGAGUAAUGGGAUGGCGCCGCGAACGGGAGACCACGUCAGCACGCUGACUUCCUUUUAUUACGCCACGCAAAUGAGUAGCGUCGAGGAGGUAAGGAACGGGCUAGCCAUGACGCGAACAUCAUUAGUUGGUACUCCAAAGUGGGUUGGAAGACGGAAAGAGCGAGGGGAACACGUACGUCACGAAGUGCCAAAAACUUACCCUGACCGGCGGAAUAAAAUACGAGGAGAGCUCGCGGCUAAACCAUGCGCCAAAUAAUAACAAUAGGUGUUCUCUAGCUUAUACAGAGCAAGCGAUGCAGUACGGAGGACGUCGACGGGAAUGGUGUGAGAGUGGCAUUGGCUGAUAAAUGGAGGCGUCGAAGGACUUGGAAAUUGAAACGAGACAACGCAUCAGGCGCUGCGUUCUGACAACCGGGAACAUGACGCGCAGAGAACGACAAUGGUCACGCGAUCGUAGUUAAAAGGCGAAGGAGGAGUAUCCCGAACGGGUCCCGAGAAGAACCCGAGAUGAGGAUGGCCACAACAGCGGAAUUAUCGCAGUGGAACUCGAUCUGUAGGCGCAACCACAAGUGCCCCCAAACAUGCGCGGCGACGACGAGAGGGAAGAGUCCAAACACUGUGAUGUUGCGACCGGCAAAGACGCCGGCCAAGAGCCAAAACCCAAGGAUGCCGCUGCAGCUGACGAAACAAAAAAAAAUCGGGCAACGGCACCAUAUUCGACAUGCGAUAAGAGCUGACCUCAGCUCAGGAAGGAAAGAAUUCCAAUCACUACGAAAGAUCCUGGUGAAAUUCCAUAUUUAAGCGAACUGGGUGAGCAGGAUUGCGGAAAUAACAGAGCAAGUAAAUCAUUCGACGUAGAAAACGCCCUGUCAGGAGCAAUAAUCUGGCAAAAAUGAUGAAAAAGGCCAAUAACGGACUCUAGCUUCUGACGACGACCCACCGCCUCUGUUCUCAAUCGUGAAGAUUUUGAGGCGUAGAAGGAAAUAUCUCAGACGGGAGAUGAGCAAGUUUCUCGACACCGUCUAGUUCGAUGCCAAGGAAGACUAAGACUGUGGCAGUUCCAAUACCGUUUCGAAGUGUGAAGAGGAAGAUCAAGACGGGAAGAAAGCUUAUUUGCAAUCACAUCGCUCCGCCUGAACUUAAUGUGCCCCAGUACGUCGAACAUAGCCAACGUCGAAUUUAACCCCCUGUGCCCCAAGACCUAACCCAAAGAGGGCAUGUAUCGCCGUGGGGACACUAAUGUAGUGUAACGAAUAUGGAGCACGGGGAAUCCAAUCAUUGACGCUGUGAGCUGCCUUGUUACGCUCUUCUACGCGGACUCUAAAGUCUGCGAGUGAGCACCCAGUCGUGGUAGACCAAUACUGAAUAGUUUCGCCUCGCCACCAAUGUCGAAUCUCCACUGUCGUCCAUUUGGAGUUAUAACCAAGAAAAAUCAACCGGAUAAAUGGCGUCUUAUUUUGGAUCUUUCCUCACCUGCGCCGUGGAAGCCAUUUACAAACGUAGUUGACCCGAGUCUGAUCGGGGUGAGUAGCGAGCUCGCGACGAAAUUCUGAGUGGACCAACAGAGUCAACACGGAGCCAACAGGAGCGGAUGAUAAUCCUAGGGCAGGGCAAAGCGACUAACAAUCGUUUUGGGUGGCGAUCGUUAACGAAGGACAACGUCACUCGACAUAGCGAGUGGCGACGUAACGACUUACGUGUUAAGAUAGUAGCACCCCUAAAUGGGUGGCGACCGUUGACGACUAUGGAACGUUACUCGACAAUGCGAAUGGCGACGAAGCGACUACGUGUUAAUGCGUUGCCCACGAAUGGGUGGAGAACGUUAACGAAGGAAAACGUUACUCGACAAAGCGAGUGGGGACGGCACGAAAUACCUUGUAAGAUAGCGUUACCCCCGAAUGGGUGGCGAUUGUUGACGAAGGAAAGCGUUACUCAACAAAUCGAGUGGCGACGUGGCGAAAAUACGUGGUAAUAAAUAGCGUUACCCGUUACUCGACAUGGGUGGCGAAUGGUGUGGCGAAUGGUGACGACGAAAAGCGUUACUCGACAAAUCGAGUGGCGACUGAGCGAAAAAUACGCGGUAAAAAAUAGCGGUACCCACGAAUGGAUGGCGAACGUUGGCGAAGGAAAAACGUUACUCGACAAAGCGAGUGGGGAUGGAACAAAACACGUUGUAAGUUAGCGUUACCCCCGAAUGGGUGGCGAUUGUUGACGAGGAAAGCGUUUCUCGACAAAUCGAGUGGCGACGUGGCGAAAAAUACGUGGUAAUAAAUAGCGUUACCCCCGAAUGGGUGGAGACUGGUGACAAAGGAUAGCGUUACUCGACAAAGCGAGUGGCGACGAAACGAAAACAGGAGAAAUACAGCGACGGUGAAGUCCGGUGACGAAAGUGAAACGUUACUCGAAAUAGCGACGUCAGAAUACGAUACCUGGGAAGGAGUGGUGAUGGAUACCCGAACACGAGAUAAACCGGACAAAAGUCACAUGCCUCGGUAGACCUAUUACUGGAACUAGCGACGUUAGGAGCGCGUACCUGUCGGUGACCGUCGUGGUGGAGACCGCCGAGACAUGGAACGAUCCAAGGGCAAAGCUACACAACAAGUAUCGGCAUCAAUGCGGCGAUGAGGUCGACGACACCAGGACAAUCGCACGAGUGCUAAAAGCGACACACUGAAAAAGCAAUGGAGCACAACCCAGAAUUCCACGAAGGACAUAAGAUGGGACUGUUCUCUGGACCACUGGCUUCAGCUUGGAUAGUUGUGCGUCGAGCAAACGGAGGGCAGACGACGGAGGAAGCGGGCGUAGCAACGGUAACAUUCCGAGACUGGGGCGACGCGAUGUGGAAAUUGAACAACUCCGUGUUUAACGCCGACCAGUCGUGCAGGUUGCGAGCAGCAGGAUUACGGCGGAAAGAGUGAUCAUAAUUGCGUCACCCGAGUCCAGGAAACAGCAGAGCCGUGCGCAUGAUCAGCAACCGUAAAGAAGAAGGUCAACAAUACGAUGCGGGUGGUAGGUUGUCAGCACCAACAUAUACACGGUAAACGCUUCGAUCCAGAAAGUAAUAGAGAUGGUCCCUGUUCGUUUCCGGAGUGGACAAAGCAUCAAUUUGUCGUCCAAUGACCAGAAAGCAGGAGUAUUAUUAUCGCUGGAGUCACUCACUAAACUGUCGAGGUCCUUAAACUGAGCUGAAACGAUAAGAGAAACUACGUUCAACGACACAGGAAGGAGCGCGGGCUCUUUCCCAGACUUGCUCGAUUUUAAAGACAGCCUGCCAUGCAGGCAAGAUUAAAUGGGACCGAAAAGCCGGGAUAAGAAUUCCGAGGCUGAAGUUGCGAAAUCCAAGAUGGCGGACCUCGUGUUUAUCGAUGUGAUCGAGCUAGACCUUCAUACUUGGGUUGACACCAACGGGAAAAACAGGAUCCCUGGCAGGAACAGUCGAUGGAAAGGCGGACCUUUGUUGUGGGAAGUAAACGAAUCGGCCGUAUCACACAACAAUCCAUUUUUGACGGGCUUGCUAAUAUUCUAAGAGCGUAACGUCUAGGUGUUUUUGUUAUUUUUAAAGAGUUGUCAUAUUCUUGUCUAUCCUCAGGUCAUAGUCUUGCAACAUCUUCAUGCUUCAUUGGAAUAUAUUUCGGUCUUUCGUUUAGUAAAAAACGUUCAUAAUCCUCUCAUAGCCAAGUCACUUUCUUUCCAAUCAGCAGAGUCUACCCAAUUGUAGAAAAAGUUGCGCUUCAGUUUUGGUCGUUCCUCUUCUGUUGGUGGUGGCGUAAGGAAAUUAGGUUUAGGAGUAGCAGGCACUGGUGGUGGUAUUUUCGCUGGUACAGGCGUAGAUGGCACUUGUGGUGGUAUCUCUGCAGGCAUUAACGGUGAUGUUUGAACAGGGGCUUGAGCCGGGACAUCCAUCUUAUUUUUGAAUGUGAGAAAUCGGUUUAGUUGAUCUGAAUAUAAUUUGCUUUUUUCCACAGCGCUAAGUUGUGGUGCAUCCAUGAUUUCUAUCAUUCGCUACUCGGCAUCAUACAUGGCAUUUAGAAACGGUGGUUGACGAUACGAUUGUUUUUGUAUAAACCUUGCAAUCUCACCUGGAAGUAUAUUCGUCUUAAGUCGAUCUUCAUCACUCGUUGUUGGUUUUAAAUCCAACAUUAAGUACCCGUGAGGGCGGCUCGUGGCAUCUUCAUAACUCUUCAUAAAUUCUUGUACUUUUUCGGGAUUUAUUUGCCUUGCAAGCAUAGAAAUUUGCUGUUUAUCUCUUGGUGACUUGAACAGCAUGAUAUAAUGCGCGUUUAGACUGAUAUUUCUCAUUUCUUUGCCUUAAUGGAAUAUAUUUUGAACAAUAUAAAUGAUAGACAAAUUUCGAUGAUGACUUCCUUUCGUAAAAAGAUCAGCAAUACGUUUAUCCUUGCUAGAUUGUACCAUGAGAUCAUCCAAUACGAUCAAACUCCGUUGCGAUACAUCCAAGUAAUCUGCGUUGUCGAUAUCGUCGGGAAUACCUUUAUUGAACUUGAUUCCAGAUUCGUCCGCAUCAUAUCAAAAUAGGAGGGUUGCCAUUGACCAUAACACCAAAUGAUACGUUGAGGAGCAGGACGUAUGGUCUUCUGAGCAUUCUCCAAGAGAGAUUUUAACCAUACGGUUUUGCUGCUUUGUGUACACCCAGCUACAAUGCAAGUAAAUGUGUGUUCCAAAAUUGUAACUCCAUUCACCGUAAGAGUUUGUUGCCCAAGAUUACGAGUUCCAUAUGCAUGAACAACCUUCUUGUGGCGAAGGAGAUUACUUGCAUUUGCAAACGUUUUACCACAGAUGUCGCAUUCAUAAGACAUGUUUACUUCGCAACAGUCAGAGUGAAAUAACUUAAAGCAAGGGUGAAGAGGUAUAUUUAUCCCGUUUGCUAUAGUCAUUAAGACUACAGUGAAGUCUAUGAACGACUAUAGUCUUGAUUAUGAAGACUAUAGUCGUGACUAUAAAGACUAUAGCCCUGACUAUGAAGACUAUAGUAAAGACUUUCAAAGAUUAUAUAGUCCUGACUAUGAAGACUACAUUAAAGACUAUGAAAGACUAUAGUCCUGACUAUAGUAAAGACUAUAAAGACUGUAGUAAAGACUAUGAAAGACUAUAGUCAUGACCAUAAAAGACUAUAGUCCUAACUAUGAAAGACUAUAGUCCUGACUAUGAAGACUAUAGUAAAGACUAUAAAGACUAUAGUAAAGCCUAUAAAGACUAUAGUAAAGCCUAUAAAGACUACAGUAAAGCCUAUAAAGACUACAUUAAAGACUACGAAAGACUAUAAUAAGCCUAUAAAGACUAUAGUAAUGACUAUGAAAGACUAUAGUCCUGACUACGAAGACUAUAGUAAAAAAACCCCGAUUAAGACUAUAGUCUAGACCUAGUCUGUAGAGGGCGAGCCGACCCUUAUAUAUGCGUCAUUCUCAACUAAAUCUUCAUUCCGUUGCUGACCGCCGAACAGAGAUGACCAGCAGUUAUAUCAAACACAGACCGUUUGUGGAGCUCUUGUGUACUUCUCAUCCAAUUCAACAGCAAGCUCUGUUGAAUUCUGCAUCUCAUGAACAGAUUCGAUUUCUAUGUAAUUGCUUGGAAAACUUUACAUAUCCUAAAGGAACAUUGAACAAACGUGGACCAUAUAAAGAAGAUCUCGCUGAUUUAGCUGACAGAAGUAAGAGUUUUAUAAAAAAAAGGAAAAUUCUUGUUCAGCGCGGGAGUGGUUUUCUAGGAUUGGUACUUGCGCCACUUUUAGAGGGCCUUGCAGAAUUAGUAUAAAAUAACCAUUAUUAAUUCACAUUGGCAUUCCAACCAUGGACAGCAAGGAAAGAUCAUCUCCGAGACAUUGGCGUGUUGAAGAUAUACUUGGAUACUUAAACGAUAAUGUUGAUAAAAACAUUGCGGAAGAACUUCUUCACUCCAUUCUCACAUCCACGGAUAUUCUCACAUGGAAUCUUCAAGGGGAAAUUGUAUACAAAGGACAGAAUAUACGUGGAACAAAUAUUGUAGAUCUUUUGCAAUAUACUGUUUUACCAUAUAAUACUGAAAUUCUGGAACCAGCUGGACUGAAUAUAUUUCUCAAAGGUCUUGCAAAAUUGGAUAUUGAUAAAAGCCUAAUCGUAAAUGGACGUGUCCUUACAAUGCUAGCCCUCAAGUGGUCCUACCAGGAUAUACAGUCUGACAAAUCCGACGAUGAGUCUGAAGAUAUGGACACAGUUUGUAACGGUUGUAACAAAGAUUUAGACAUCUCCCAUUUGGCCACAUGUCCCAUAUGCACAUGGACAGAUUUUUAUCCAAAUUGUAAGAGGUGUCACUGUACGAUCUGUGAUUUUCGACUGUCCGAAGGAAAUUUCACGCAUGUAAUCGCCUGUUGCCAACAUUGUCAUUGUGAUGAAAUUAUGUAUGUUAGUACUGAUAAAAAACAUUUAUUGACCAUAAAAUAGGCGAACAAAGUAAUAUUUGAUCAGUUUGCUGUGUGAAUUUGAACUGAACACAUCAACAUGGUGAGAGGUACCCUUGUUGUAGAUACAAAACUAUUGAAAGACCAUUUCUUGAGACAGGAGCGUGGUCGCUGGGUUUUAUGGUGCACGUGUGCAAAGGGAUAUGGGAUCGGAAGUAUUUUCAAGAGCCUUGCGAGAUAUGCUAUCUUCCUUUUCAAACAAGGAGCUAAAGCUGUUGGUAAAAGAGCAUUACAAGCAGCCACAGAAGUUGGUCAAGAUGUACUCCAAGGAAAAAAUGUAAGAGAAUCUGUAAAGACUCACAGAGGGAAAUUUGUUAAAGACUUUGUUGAGCAAAGAGCAAGGACUCUUCUGCGUCAAACGGGACAUGGAAGCAAAAGGAGGCGAAGUCACCGCAGCAACCUGUCAUCAGUCAAGAAGCAAAAACUGGAAGAAGAUCAAAGACAUCCCAAAUGAAUUACGAAAGAUGAAAGCGACUGCGAUGAUGAAAGCAGCCACGAUGAUGAAUCUGAAAGCGAAACAUCUCAAACAAGUGACGAUUAGAAGCAUAAAAAUGACAGAAACACCUAGACGUUACGCUCUCAGAAGUAGAGCGUACUAAAUUUUGUAAAACGUUUUGAAGAAAUAAAUGUAUUUUAAGACUGAAAUCUUGUGUAAGCUUUUACCUGUAAAGCCCGCUCUUCCGCCCGCGCGAUCUGCCCGCCUGAUAAGUGUACAAAUAUGUUGUACGUUAAUAUAUGCAUGCGCCCAAGCGUCGCUAAUGACUUAGCAACACAUAACAACGUAUAUAACGACUACAUGUUUUUAUCGCAAAAUAUAUUACAACUGUUCCAAUUUAACUUAUAUUCUUGAUAAGCUUCCUUAUAUCUAUGAGGUUUGGUAAAUAAUGCUGCAGCAAACAACUUUUCUUGAUCUUAAUACGACAAAUAGGUCAAGAUACAUUGUAGUUCAUGACUCUCAAUUCGAUAAAAGAUUGUGCUUGGAUCAAAUGUUUUAAAAUUUAUCAAAAAAUACGGACAUAUCUCAAGAUGUUUCUAUACCUAGCAGCAACGCAUAGUAAGCCAAUCUUCAUUUGAUGGCGUGGGGCACGAAAAAUUGCUGAGCUCAGCGAAAGUAUUGACUGCUCACCUGAACACGUCCACGGCCGCCCGUAAUAAUAUCGAUAUAUAUCCAUUAGGAUCCUAUUGGUUAUGCAAAUUCGUAUCGGCUUAAUCCUCUUAAUUACUUCAACCUUUGUGUUUUACGUGUGGGGAUUACCUGACAACGCUGCCAUCACAAUAUUUAUAUUUCUAUCAAUGAAACUAUACGUUUUGAAAAUACCCUUGUAAAACCAUCGUUUAAAGUAAUACAAGCAGUGUGCUAUAUUAUUCGCAAUGGCAAAUCACUGCACUCGCUAAUAAUAGUAAACUGCCACAUUUGGCCCAGGCCUGCCCGCGUUAAUUGGUCGCGCUACUGGCGUUAUAGAUUUUGCAAGCUCAUUAUAAAUUCCGCCAAGAGUAUUAGCUGAACAAAGUGACGUCAUAGAUUUUGCAUACUACACUUCCAUACUAAUUACUUCCGUCCCCAUAUUGUGCAUACUAAUUACUUCCGUUGCUAUAGUGGGGUCUUUCACUACUACUUGCAUGACUGGCCCUAUUUCUAGCUUCACACUGCAAGCUCUGCCCCAAAUGCGGUCAAAGCUCUGCCGGCUAAUUCUGUUUAAAAUAACCAACUAUAAUUUAUCAUUAUCGAUUUAACAGCCACAUCUCCAUGCAAGCACCGUAUACGUAGAGAAUUCAUGCGUUUAACCAAAGAGGAAAGACGUCAAUACAUCUAUGCAGUAAAAGCUGUGAGAAGUGACCCACGUACCAGUAAAAAGUUUUACGAUUUGGCAGCAUUUCACCAGCUUCAUUUCUGUGUAGAAAUUCAUUGUAAAGUGAACUUCCUACCUUGGCACCGUUGGUAUAUUCUGCAAUAUGAAAAUCUUCUUAGAGAAAUUGUUCCGAACGUUACAUUGGUGUAUUGGGAUUGGAGCGCGGUGAUGGCCAAUCCGUUUGAUAAUGAUAUUUGGGAUGACAAUGAUUGGUCAUUUGGCGGAAACGGAAAUGGUGUUAAUAAUACAGUAAUUGCUGGUCCAUUUAAAGAGCCGGAAUGGAAGAUGGUUCCUGGUGAUGGCCCAUUUGGUGACUUACAAUUGAGAAGAGAUCUCGGUUACUCGUACCCCUAUGCUGGAAUACCAAGCGCUUUACAUCUUGCAAUUAUGUUAAAAUUGAAACCGGACGAUCUUCACAAAAUGCUGGCCGUUUUAAUUGGUUAUCACAAUAAUAUACACGGCAGAGCGUUUGGGCCGAACAGUACAAUGAGUUUCAUAUAUUCAAUUUGGGCGCCGGAGUUCUUCCUGCAUCAUACUUUUCUCGAUAAAUAUUGGUCUGAAUGGCAAGAACAGGGCUAUGAAUAUAAAUAUACUGCGUACUAUGUGAAUCAAACUCGGUAUAUGCUGGGGACACACUACUUGCCUAACGAUUUCAUGGAUUUAAAAUACCAAGAGGGAAACGUAUGUGUAACAUAUGAAGAUUCUACAGAAGAAUGGAUACACAAAAAACUCAGAAGUAAGUAUAUACAAUUGUUUGAAAGUAUAGCCUGCUGGCAGGCAUAUAUUUGGGUUGUUUUGGCUGGAAAAAUAAACGCCUACCUGCAUGGCUUGUCAUUUGGUAAAACGCCCCCUUGAGUCAUGCCCACCUGGCUGUAAAAAACUCAAACGAGCUUCCGUCUCUGUUAUAGAAACAAUUGUGGACAAUAGAGUCAUGUCAAGAGUCAUGUCGUUUGUCAAAAUAAACAGCAAUGCGAAUGAGAAUAUUUCUGUUUCGAAAUUAGAACAUUCUUGAUAUUAAUACCCAAUUAUUAAAACACAAUAUUGAGUCCAGGCAUGCAGUCAGAAGCCCUGAGAACGAGGAUGACUUUCUAAAGGCCGAUUUACACCACACAACUUAAUGUCAACUUUUGCAUAAAAUUGUCGCAUGCAACCUGCUAACAAUUAAUUUGAGUUGUAUACUAUAAUCAGUGUAAAUCAAAUGCACACAGCUCGCCUGCGUUGUCGUAGGUGUGUUGUGUAGCAGGAUCGGCACGCGACAGUUUUAAUUUAGGCAAAAGUUGUGUAGUGUAAUGGCUGUUUGGUCUACCAUAGGAAAUUACACGGUUCGAGAAAUAUUGAUGAAAAAUCGCACGCGCGUGUUUGGCGAAAUAUUUAUAAUACUAUAUAUGCACAACCCUAACUGCUCUGGGAACGAGAUUGAAUGUAGUUAAUUCAAAAUUAAAAUAUGUAGGUCUAAAUCUUCAAUUCACCAUUUUUUAAAACUACAUGAAGCCACCAUAUAACUCUUGAAAAAAAUUCCAUUUGAGAGGAAUUGACAGCAUUCUGACAAUUAUAUGGUCAAGUAUAAGAUUAAAUAGGAAAUGUAUACACAACGGGCUCUUUUACUAUUUUUAGGUUUAACUUUGGACCAACUAAGAAGUAUCAGAGGACUGCAGUUCCCAGCAUUUGUAACGAUUAUAAAGUACAAAAGUAUCAGCAAAGUAAUAUCAGAAAGAGAUACACCAUUUCUUAGCGGAAUCAGUGAUUUAGUGAAGGAAAUUAUACUUCGUAAUCCAAUAACUUUAGAAGAGCUUUCUGGUGUUGAUCGAAUACGUGGCUUUCGCCUUCACGAUUUGUUAGAAAUGUAAGUGCACAAUUAAUC